AUGUGCAAUAUUGUGCACUUUUCCUCAAUCAUCCUCCUCCUCCUCGCCGUCGUCGUCGUCAGCUCUUCGGCACAAUCGUGCAAAGCGACGCCCGCCGACGGUAGUUUUCAAAAUGCUCAAAAAUUUUCCAAAAAAAACCGUUUUUGCAGGCUGUCCGUGCAUGCAACGUUCGACGUUCGACCAGCAGUGGCUCGUGGACACUUAUCCGGCGGUGGCGGCCAAAUUCUCGGCCGCCUACACGUUCCAGGCGCCGGUGGUCACGUAUCCCGAGUGCGCCGCCAUCAUUGUGACGUGUCCGAACGGCACCGGCGUCGCCACCUUCACCUUCAAAAAUCAGUCGUUGACGAUCGGCAAUUGGGUACACACUUUUGAGCUGUUUUCGAAAAAAAAAAAACAUGCCGACGCUUUUCCUCUUCGAUUUUCAGCGCUUCCAAAACCCGACGAUAAUUUCGUCGCUGAUCUGCGACGAUGGCAACUGGUACAAGAGCGGACUGAGCACUUCGGUCGACGAGAACCUCAAGAGCAGCACUCUUUCGUGCGCCAUUCCCAAUUGA